GGUCUUUCUCACUUUCAUUUGGUAGCUUCUGUUCAGUUGGUGCUGCUUUUUUAUUUAUUCCUACGUGAGCAGACCCAGCACACUUCUGGCAUAUAAACAGUGAAAAUUACAACAUAAACGACUACUUAUCCCUGCUUUUGGAGUAACGUUUGUGCUACUCAGAGCUUUGACUAUCUGUGGGAGUCUAAAAGGAAAUAUUUCCAGCAGGUAAUCCAGGAUCUUUCAGAACCCAUAUGCUAUUCCAUAAAAGCUGUCUCCAGACAGCAAGAUAUUUUGGGGCAUCACCACAGUCACGCAACUACUUAGGUAUCCUUAACCUCAAACUUGUGUGAAUAAAAUCAAGGACCAUACUACAGUAAUCUGCUUUCAUUUAAUUCUACUGGAUGUUUUACUUCUGUUUGGUCACAACUCAGAGGCUUCUGUUUAGCUAUUUUAGAUUAAUUUCAUCGGUAACCGUAAGAAGAUGGAACAAGAAGAAAAAAAACCUAUAAAGGAAGAGUUUCUGUUUAGUACUAAAGGAUAUAUCCUUUUAAGAAAUCUAUGCAUCUGGGAAGCAAUUUUCCCAAAGUGCUAUAAUGCUUGUUGUUUACUCUCUAUGCAAAUACAAAAUAUCUGGGCUCAAAUAUUUAAAUUCUAAGUUCAUUCUUUCAGUCAUAAAACUAAUUCUGUAAUAAUAUUUUUAAAGUAAAUUUUAAAAACUGCAAACAAGAAGUUACUAGCUAAAUAUAUUCACAAUAAGAUCAAAGAGAAUGAAAAAUCUCUUUUUUGCCCAGCAACAAUAGUUUUGGUGGUUUUUUUUACUUUGGGGUCCCAGCCAGAUGUUGCUCAAAUUGACCAAAUGAAAUGGGUCGCAAAGAAACGCAUUAUCUGCAUACAUUAAAUUGCGACACAAUGGCUCAAGAAGGCAUUAAAGUGCGCCCGGUGCUGCUAAAGCGGAACAGUCUGGAUUCAGUGGAUUUUCGGAGGCAGCCCCACCAUCGCAGGAGCAAAUCUCAACAAGUCCGAUUCAAAGAUGAUAGAACAGACAAUCCACCACUGACAGAAUCGGAUCUGGAGACGGCAGCUGCUCAAGAAUCAUAUACAUUGGAUAAAGUACAAGCAUCACAACCCCAUAACCAAGUAAAUGAUUCCCUCUGUGUCCCUUCAUCUCCCACAGGAUUACAAAAUAUUGCCAUACAGACUUCUCCUAGUCUCAGAAAACACUUUCCAGUAUUUAAAAAGAAAAGAAUUACUACAAGCAAGUCCUUAACUGAAAUGCCAAAGGAGUCUGAAUAUUCCAUUCAAAUGAAUGGCAAUCUUUCUGAACAGGAUGUUAUCUCUCCCAGUCUCUCUUACUUAAGCAUCAAUAGGCAUUUAGAUGAUGGACCAAGAGCAGCCACAACAGCCAAUCAACUGUUUGAAAGGGUGGCUAAAGCACAAAGCAAUGGGCCUAUCAAUUUGGGUUCAGAUAAAUCUGCAAUACUGGGAAAAGCAACUGUUUCUACCCAGUUGCCUGAAUACAUACUCACAGGUUCUGCACAAGACCAUUUUUCCAUUUAUGGCCCAGAUACACAAAUGGAUUUAAGCAAUUCAGUUCAUUCUUCUACAGUUCUGAGACAAUCUGAUGAAAACUGUUCAGUGCAUACAAGCUCCAAAAAAUCUCUCCCUUGUGCCAGCUGUAACUGUAGUGAAACUAAUGUGGUUCAUGAUUCUGGUGAGGAAAAAAACUAUACUGAGUUACUUGCCUCUAGUGAUGACGCUGGUACUAAGGAAACCAUUUCAUCAUCACCUCAGUUAUGCCACAGUUCAUUAGACUGCUCCCUCGGAGAACAUCAGCAACCAAUACAGCAGAAAACAGACUCUGACCAUAAGACAUUGUCUAAUAAUAACCAAACAAUAAAGUCAUUCACUAACAGCAAUGCAUUGCCUUCUGUUCCCUCACGUCAAACAGAAGUAGAGAACAUUUCUACAAAUAUCGAAGUGCCACAAUAUGACAACUACUUAGAAGGCUUUCACAUAAAUGCCUAUCUUCCAGAGACUGAAAUAAAACCACAAAACAAAGACAUUAAACACAUUAAUCAAAUCCAUUUGGCACAUAGUGAACUAUGUGCGCUACAAAAUAGGCUCCAGUCUGUUGAGGAAUCCUUGCAGUCAAACCAAGAGAAGAUUAAAAUCCUUUUGAAUGUAAUUCAAGACAUGGAAAAGGCCAGAGCCCUCAAUGAAGGGCGGAAUUUCUACCACACUGGCCAAGAUCUCAACAACUGCAGCACUUGCCAGAACACUGCAUGUAUCAUUUACAGUGUAGAACAUGACUUCAGACAGCAAGAAGGCAGGUUUCACCAAGUUCUGAAAACACUGGAUGAAGUGGAACAAAGUCCUCCUGUAGUGUCUCUACAAAGACAACCAUCUGACCACCCAACCCCUGAGAAGUCAGAACAGAGAAGAAAGACAAAGAAAAAGAAAUGCUUCUGGUGGAUUUGAAAAAACUGGGCAUAGAACGCUAAAACACUUCAUAUGGAAAGGGAAAAGGUGUUAGUCGUCAAGACGCUGGAUAUUUUUAAUGACUAUAAAGCUCAGGCUCAAAACUCAAGACUGUCCCAACAAGGAAAAGAAAUCCAGCAAUACAUUUUUCCCAAUGUUUUUCAUCCUUUGAACUUCCUACUUUGAACUUCCUGAUAUUUUAAAAUUAUUUAUUAAAUAAUCUUUCUGAAUAAAUUGUUCUAAAAAUUACUGGAUCAAGCUAGGAAUGGAAUAUUAGUUUUUAUUUCACUGAGUUGGUUCAGAUGCAACAGCAAACCAGUCAAACUGUACACAUGACCUCUUUGCAUGUUAACUGAACAUCUGGCAAGGGAGAAUGGGCACAAACAUGCCAGUACUGUGUUCACAAGCCAGUGAUCAUACAGAAGCAGGAUAUAGGAUCAAUGUGCUCAUGCCUGCUCACUGCACAUACUGCCCCCCGCCCAUGAUCUGCAAUACUCAGAAAGCAGCAUCCAUAAUCAACUUAUUUGAGGGCACUUCUUUUAUGCAUUUGUAUUAAGAAGAUAACCUGGAAAUUACAUGGAAGUGGGUGGGGGAGGGGCAGAGCCAGUACAUGUGCCUGCUGUCCUUCCCUACAUGUUUAGUCAACACAAGCAGUGUGUAGACUACUUGUUUAGCAACUAAGACAAUCAGCCUGGGAACAGCUUUGUGUUUGCUUAAGCAAGCCCUCCUCCUCUUUUGCAUAGUGAGCUAAUUAAGAAUAAAUUUUUGUUUGGGAUUCUGGUUUGCAUGGUGAGCAAAAACUAUGGUUUGCUAGUUCUGAUGCAAUAGCAAACUAUAGUUUGCCACAAACUCAAAAGGAUCUAAUUAGUGAUGCUCAAGUACUUACAAGUUGGGCUCACAUCUUGCGUGUCACAAGCAAGGGGUCAGUUGCUAGGUGAACUGAUGUGUCUGUUUAGCAUUAUUAUACUGUAUCCUCACACGUGUUUUAAAGUAUAAAGCCAACUGGCAUCGUUCAUCUAAACAGCCUGCCAGAAUCACAAUUUUAAAAAACCAACAACUUGAAAUUGCCACUAUUACACAAUUGCAGUAUUUCUAUUAUUAAACAAUAUUUCUGGUGGCAUGGUGUAACAUCACAAAUAUUAUCAAACUGAAACAAACAUUAUGGAGGAAUACUUCUAUCAGCAUACAGAGGGGAAACCUUUUACAAUGUUUUCUCAGAGCAGCAGCCUCUCCCCUACCCAACUACCACUGCCUCAAAUUUAAAUAGAACAUAGUUAAAGGACAGAAGCGGUAUGAACUAAGACUAAGGCCCCUUCUUCACAUGCAGAAUAAUGCACUUUCAAUCCACUUUGCAGCUCGAUUUUACUGUGCAGAAUAGCAAAAUCCAUUUGCAAACAAUUGUGAAAGUGGAUUGAAAGUACAGUAUUCUGCAUGUUCAGAAGGGGCCUCACUAUUUAGGUGUCUCUGUGUGCUUCUGGUGUUUGUUUUUUUUAUGAACAAGAAUCUGCUUCCCCCACUGUUUGCUAAUAGUAUACUUCCAUAUUUAAUACUCAAUUUUAGUGCUAUCACACUACACCACUAGAAUUAUUGCCCAGUGGUAGAAACAACAUAACGAUGUAAUAAUGGCACCUCGUUUUUAAACACUGAAUCACACCUUGUUUUUUAUAAUUUUGUUUUAAUAACGAUAAUUUUUGUUUUAAAAAGAUUAUUUCUACUUGUGAGCUACCUCCAGCAGGCUUUGGAGAGGUGGCAUAUACAUUCUCUAAAUAAAUAACUUCAACAAUAACCAUUAAUUUGAUCCAGUCAGGAUCAUGCCUUGCAUCUGUCUAAGAUUAACUUUAUUUGAAGGCAAGAUAAGUUUGCCUGGCAGUCAUGUUCAUGAUGAAGUUCAUAGCAUUCAAAUAUCUAAUUAUCUCCCUGUAUAUAAAAGGAGAAAGAAGGGAGAGGAGCAGUUGUGUGGAGUUUCUCCCAGGCUCUUUCUUCAAUGAAAACUAGGGGCUGGUAUUAAAUCUGAGACAUGUCACUAAGAUAUCCUUACUUGGCAGCUCUUGCAGAUGAAUAUAAUUUUAGCAGAAAUUAUCAAGUCAUGUUUGAUUCAGAUUUUUAGAAGCUACCAAAUUAUAUUCACAUUUCUCUGACAAACUGUUUUCUAGGAUCACUGCUUUGAUUGUACCAAAGUGUAUCUAAUAAUAAUGUACCCCUUAAAAAAAACUAGUAGCCAGCACACGUUUACAUAUAAAACUGCAUUAAAGGUUGCGAAACCUUAUCAUCAGUGAGAUAGAUCAUUUUUUCCAGUGAUGCUUUAAUCAUUUUAUUAGAGGGAAGAUAGUUCUACAAAACAACCAUGAUAUUAGACUGCAUCUUAAUCAUGAUUCUCUUUUUUUGUUUGCACUAUUACUACUAGCCUUCAACAAGAAAACAUUACAAAUUCUGAAAAUGUCUACUCAUAUUUAACUAAACAAAACUUAAAAGUUAUGUUCCCUCACCAGAAGGAUGAGUAAUAUACACAGAAUUGAAACGGGUAAGUCAAUGUGACAAGAAAAGCCAGAAUUUUUUAUAGCCUCUCACUAACAUUGAAGUAAAUGGACUUCAGUAAACCUGAAUCUGUAUAGAAUUGCAUUGUAAGUCAGUUCUCAUAAAGGGAAGCUUUUCUCAAUUUUUGGAGUCAUUCAUGUAAGGAGCAGUGAACAAGUAUUAUAGCCCCAAUGCAGAGUUGUCACAACACUGAAGCAUUUUUCAAUAGCUUCUUCAAACAACAUAAGUGAUCUGUUCCAUGUGAGUCUGCAGACAAAACAUCUGCUGAUUUCUUCUGUGUGAAGUGCAAAAGGAUGCCACAGACAUAAUAAUGGCUUGGAACACUGCGGUGUUCUUGAUAAAGCGGGCAUCCCGUUAAGAGCCAGCAGAGAAUGGUUCAUUGUUUGCAUAGUUACAGAAGUCUAAAUAAUGCUAACAUAAUUAACAGAAAUAAGGCAGAUACACACCUUUCCCCCCUAAAACAUAUUUCUUAGACCAUGCCAAGCUUUUAAAACUAAAUUCCACAAUAAUUCAGCAUGCCUGUCAGCUAUAACUUGACAGCAACAUUUUAAAUGAUGUGGAAGUUACAUUAAUAUGCAAGCUACCUGUAGCCAUCAGAUUCCUGUUACUGAUGUGCCUCAAGUUACCCAUCCUUGUAUUACAGUGUCAUGUAAUAUAUAUUGUUAGAUGCCAGCAUAUUGUCAGUUACUAUUAAGAGUUUUGGUAUAUUUUUCUACAUCAUCCUUUCCAAUACAGCAUGUUUUUUCUAGUCUUCACCCCUCCCACCCUUUGUAGAAACACUUUAAUGUUUGAGCCAAGAGCUGAAAAAAAUUUCACCUACAUUCAAGGUGAUGCAUACUGAAGUUGCUGAUAUGCCUGAGGUAUCAGUUCACAUACUCUGGAAAUCCUAUGAAUGUGAACACAAACAUCCUAGUCCAGCAGAGAUAAUUUACAUGUAGAGGCAGGUCUUUGCAUCUGGGUCACUUUGCUGAAUUGGGAUCUGCUUGUUCAUAAAGUUGUUGCACUGGUUACAAAGUAUACAUUAGCACCUACUGCUAUAUGAGAGAUGGUAUGAGCUGCAUCAGAUUCAAGCUGAAGAAGGUUCAUGGACACAGGCCAUACCAGAUGUCCACACCUUUUAAACUAUUGCUUGGUUCAAGAAGGCAGGGAACAAGGGAAUCCAAGCUUUCCCUCCUUCAUAAUAAGUGGGCACUGUUCACAGUCCGUUUAGUGUGCAUUAAAGGGCAAGGAUUAAGAGUAUAGAUAACAUCAGCAAGAGUUUUCUUAGAAGUUCACAAGCAAGGCAUGCAUCCUAAAUAUUCUGAUGGACUUCAUGUGGGUCUGUAUGCCUUAUCUAACCAUAAGAAGGCAUUGAUAUCAGAGAAAGGAUGGUGUUCAUCUAUAAAAUAAUAUGCCCCAUCGUUUUUGAUAUAACAUAACAAAUGGAGAAAUGUAAUUUCACCUUUCAGCAUUCAGAAUUAUAGUACUUACAACUAUAUGUUUAAAAUCUGUCCACUAACAAGGUAGGGGUGAGAAUUAUGAUACAUUACAAUCACCACUGGAUUACAUUCCAGAUGAUUUCCAAAUUAAUGAUACAUGUGUCAACAUGUGACACAGUCAUAGUUUUCCAUUGUUUAUACUAGUUAUAUACAGUGAAUAUAACUAGAGCUGCUACAAAUAAAAGCAUAAACAGGUGAUAAUGUUUGUAAAAUAUUGUAUAGCACAUCUUAUGUAUUUUGAAACUCCUGUACUUGAAAUUAUACUGCUCUACAGUGGAAAUUUAAUUUUUUGGAAUCAAGUUGUAAGAGCGAAGCAUUUAAUCUUCCACUAACAUCAGAUGGAUUCAGAAAUCUGUCUGCAGAAGGUUCUGAUAGAGCGCUUUCCAGCUUUCCCUUCCAAGUCCAAGAAACUUGAUUUCCAGGAUUGUAAGGUUCAUGUGGAAUAAUAGCCACAUAGAUUGGUGGGCUCCACUGGGCACAAAGUUGGUCACAAAUCAUUCUCUGCCUCUUCAGUCUUCAGUGCUUCAUGGACAGAUGAGAAAAGAGUCCCUUCCCACUGCAACCCUCCAUCCUCUGGGCAUAGCAAACUUGCAAAUGAAUUUUGCUGAGGUCAGAAGAGGGGUGGGGGAUUGCAUUGGAGGGUUGCUGACUCCAGUAACCUUGAUGAAAGUUUAUGUACUACCAGAGUACAGCCGAUACAUAUUUCUCUUAUCUGUAGUCACAAGUCUUGAUAAAUAAGCAGGUUCCAAUACAAAUUACUUUACUGAUUAAAUGUACUAAUCAAAUAUAAUGUUUUGUAUAUUUUUAGAUUAUUUUACUGGCAUAAUAUCUUUUGCAAUAAAUUGACAUAUUUUUUCUGUCUUAA